GGCGCUGGAGCCAGUAUGGCUUUAUCAAUGAUCUUAGAAUUAGUCUUAAACGCAUGUAAAUAGUUAUAAAACAUUUGAUACAGUGCGAAAUAUUGUACUUAAUAUAACAAUGGGCAUCGUAAAUGACAAACCAAGUCAGACCGUAAAUGCAGGAUCAAAGGAUGUACAAAAAUCUGAUAAACCAUUGAAACCUUGUUGUGCUUGUCCCGAGACAAAAAAAGCAAGGGAUGAUUGCAUUAUCCUCAAGGGUGAAGAGAACUGUAGAGAUUUAAUAGAAGCGCAUAAAACUUGCAUGAGAUCACUAGGAUUUAACAUAUGAAUUUAAAUUAUCUGUAUAUUAUUAAUUAUUAUGUAAUAAAUGCUCAGAUUACAUUUUGUGUAAUUGAAGUAAAUAAUAUUUACUUUGUUUAAUUAAUUUGGUAUUUCUUAAAACAAUAUUAAUGUAUUGAGUACCUACUUUAGAAAUAAACAAGUUAUUUUG